UCUCAGUCCCGAGUGCACACUCUUGGGUCUCCAUUACCUAGGACAAUCAUGUUGCAUUUGGCGGCCCUUGGCCUCGUCCUCACCUCUACGGUGACUCUAAGCAGCUCCGCUGUUGUUCUGGAAAAUGGCAUGCCGAUCCUUUGGGCACAAACAGCCAGCCAAGUGACUGAACUACCUGUGCAGAAUGGGAUUCUGACUCCCAAUCCGUGGCAUUUUCUAAACCGCCAGAGUUUUUACCGUCUGAUGAUAGGUGCUACAGACCCCUACAUGAGCUACAUGGGGAAAAAUUCGACUGACAAUCCCAUGUGGGGGGUGUCAAUGGAACUUGGAUGGAUGCUCACCUCAGGUCGCCUUGGUGACCCAACUGGUUCAACAACCUGUGGUCUGCAAACCGGAGACACCAUGUGUAUUUCACCUGAGAGCUUUUGGGGCUGUAUGAACUACUUCACCUCAGCUCUUCCCUUCCUGUCUGCUGCACAACAGGGCUUCCUGGGAGAAAACAUCCAGGUCCAGUUGCAGGUUCCUGUAGGUGUAGAGGGCUUCUGUACUACCUUUGCUGAAUGUUCAACCAGCCACCCUGAUGUGAUGUCCAAGUGGGAUGCAUUUUACCAGGCUCUCAAGGCUACCACUGAGUCUACUCUGCCUGACAACGAGAAAAAAGAUUCCAUCCUUGGUGUCUACUGGACAGCUAAAAUGGCUUCAACCUAUGCCUCUGCAGCAUGCAAUGCCAAAAAGAACCAUUAUUCCUCUGAGGAGAAGUCAUUUGCCAACAGCUGGUUGGAAUCUGCAGAGUAUGUUGCAGCAGCUCAUUUCCAUUCCAACCUGGAAAAAUCUUUGCUAUUCCUGAAUCCUGUGCCAAGUCGACUUUUACAGGUUGGGGAUGUAGCUCCAAACAUAGCUGAUCUGAGUAAGGAGGAGAACCACUCACUGUCCAUUUUCUCCUGGAUGAGAAACAUCAAUUUCAUUCUUGGUGGGUCAAUGGUUCGUAUGUGGAAAGGGGCAAUGUGUUCCAUGACCUCCAGAGAGAGAGGCAAAGAGUUGUUGGAGCAGCUCAUAAUUAAUCCCAGCUUUCCAACAACCACUUUCCUGUCUGUUAUUACAGAAAUGAGUAGAAGCUGCUAAGACAAGCACAAAUACAAAAUCAAAAAUACUUUCUUCAGCGUCUAAAAAUAUAUUUUUUAAUCAAAUAAGCAGAAAACCUUCAUUACAGGAUGUUGAUAGAUAGCAUUGGAUCACAGCAGAUGUACUUCCUCUUGUAACCUUGUUGUUAAUUAAUGUGAACCUAUAAAACAUAAACAAGUA